AUGAGUAAAACGGGUCAGUCUCUAGAUCUCAAAAAGUAUCUGGACAAUCAGCUCCAAAUCAAGUUGAGUGCUAACCUCUUAGUUGUUGGAACUCUUCCUAGAUUCGAUCAGUUCAUGAAUUUAGUUAUUAAAAACACUGAGCUCAAUGUAAUGAUAAAAAUGUGAUUACAUAUGGUGAUUCAGGAUAAUAGCAUGGUGACGAUUAAAGCACUUGAGUCGGUUGACUAA